GGGAUGCAAGCCUUCUCCUCCCGGCGGACAUUCUAUCUCAAUUUGGUCACCAAAGCGGCGAGACACACAGGACGCGCGCAGGCCGCUGCCAUGGAGGUCCAGGGUGCAAGUUAUUGAUUGAUUCGGCCGCCUGUGGUGGUGGAACAAAUCCACCGGCGCAACUUGCCUGGAUUGAUCAUACCAACCAGUACGACGGCGGCGGCGGCCACGACAAAAGUGGCCACCCACCCAACAGCAGUCGCUUUAACGUGCUUUCGGAAAGAUCCUUCAGGGCCCUGGCUGGCGCCAUCUCGCAGGCAGCCCAUAAGACAUGGGUCCCUGUCACUCAAGGCUCUUGUGUACGGUACAGUACAGCAAGUACGU